UUCAACUUAGAAUUUUUAACCGAAGAGACGUAACUACCAUAAAAUGAUUCUGAGUUAUAUUUUUUCUAUUAUUUUCUUUUCUCUAUCACGGACAAAUUUUCCAUCAGCAUUGGGAAAAUUAAGCUGCACUGUAAAUGGACUAACCCAUAAUUACUUAGCAAUAACUGAUCCUGUAUAUGACACUGAUUCAGAAACAACAAUUCCUUACACGUAUCACUUGCCUACCGAAAACGUUUCAGGUGUCCAAGCUUCUACAUGGAACAUCCGAGCAUCCCUAGAUCAAAAUAAAAACUUGCUUAUGAGCAUAUCCGCAAUUAAUGAAAAAGGUGUUCAAAGUCAAGGUAAAGAUUACCAUUUGAAAUUUGUCUUGACUUUGCGAUGUACAAAUGGUUCCACUGUUUCAAUGAACACUGUUGUUCCGUUUGUGGAUUCAAAUAAUCACCAGCCGUUCUUCAGCAAACCGAAAUAUGUUUACAACUUAAUUUCGACGUAUGAAGAGGACUUUAAACGGCAACUUGAAUUAAAUCCCAUUGUUGCAACGGAUUACGACGUUACAAACGGAGAAUUGGUGUUUGAUGUACAAGGCAAUGAGUAUUUUAAAGUUUUGUAUGGAGGAGUUGUACCAGGAACGUUGAACAAAAAGCACUUUGCCCAGUUGGUUCCUAAAUUUCCGGGAAAAAUUAUUACUAAAAAAGUAGAGGUUAUAAUGACAGUUACCGAUAUAGGAAAUCCACCCAAGAGCAACACUUCAAAAGUAGUAAUAAAUCCUCCAUCUCCACCAACACCUGCGUUUAAAAAACCAUUUUAUGUUGGUCAUUUGUACAAGAAUGGCACUUUUGAGAUGUCAGAAAACCCAGAGUUAGAAGAAGGUGUCACAUAUUACCAAACAAGUGUCCAGAUAGAAAGCUGUUCAUACUAUUGUAAUUACUAUGCAACAAUAUCUGAGGGACAAAUUAUAAUAGUAAAAAAUUGCAAUAUGGGAGACAGUUUUUACAGAUUUAACUAUCUUGCCUGUAGUUUGACAGCAAAGUAUACCGAUCCCAUAACAAAAUUAUUUUCAACUGGAAAUACCGCUCUAAUUGUGGAACACCAUCAUAAUUUGUAACAUUUUCUGAAUAAGGCAAUAAAAAUUAAAAAUAAAAUGUGUAAAAAAUU